AGGAAAGUCAGACGUGGAUUAACAAGAUGAGGGGCCCUCCACCAAAGUACGGGACAAUCCCGCCGGAAGACGACGGCGGUGGCGGCGGCGAAUCUCUCCGGCCUAUCACCCCUGCCAACCCAGGCGGCGCAAGCGUCGGGGUUGGUGGCAUCCGCAAGAAGGCUGCUGGGGUCCGACAAUGGCUACUAUUGGACUCCAGCGGCCAAACCCAAGUGGUGGAGGCCGGAAAACACGCCAUCAUGCGGCGGACGGGGCUUCCGGCGCGGGAUCUCCGGAUACUUGAUCCAUUGCUCUCCUACCCCUCCACCGUAUUGGGCCGUGAAAAGGCAAUUGUUAUCAAUCUGGAGCACAUAAAAGCCAUCAUCACUGCCCAAGAAGUCCUCCUCAAUUCCCAAGGCCCCUCUGUCACCUCUUUCACUGAAGAGCUUCAACGCAGAAUCUUGCGUCAUCACCAAGCCAAAUCCCAGGAAGCUGGAGGUAAUGGUAAUGAUGUGGAUUGGUCAAACUUGUAUGAUUUGGAAGAGCCACAGACGAGGAAUGUUAGCUUCCCGAAUAAGGACGAAGAGGGUAGGACAGAAGGGAAGCAACAAAAUGCAGAAAAUCGAGAUGGACUGAAGCUACUUCCAUUCGAGUUUGUUGCAUUGGAGGCGUGCCUUGAGGCUGCUUGCAGUGUCUUGGACAAUGAAGCAAGGACAUUGGAGCAAGAAGCUCAUCCUGCACUGGAUAAGUUGACAACAAAAAUUAGUACUCUCAAUUUGGAAAGAGUUCGUCAAAUUAAGAGUCGCUUGGUUGCAAUAACUGGACGUGUUCAAAAGGUCAGGGAUGAGUUGGAGCAUCUACUAGAUGACGAUGAAGAUAUGGCUGAGAUGUAUCUGACUGAAAAGCUUGAGCAACAGCAGCUUGAUGAUUCCUCUGUUUCUUCUAUAAAUGAGCAAGAUGAAUUGGAUGAUGAAGCUAAUCAACAGGAUAUUGACGAAAGGACUCGUGCUAACAUUUCAUAUGAAGGUAAUGGGGGUCCCACCAGUUAUGAUGCUGGUCUUCAGAAUAUGGACAAUACCCGGGAGCAGUUGAUUGCUGCUGCUCGGACGCUUAGCAAAGAUAGUCGUGGGACACGUACCAGUACAACUCAAAGUGCUAUAAGCAAGCAACUUGAUGUGGAAGAACUUGAAAUGCUUCUGGAAGCAUACUUUGUCCAGAUUGAUGGCACGCUGAAUAAACUCUCCACGUUGAGGGAGUAUGUAGAUGAUACUGAAGACUACAUCAACAUCAUGCUGGAUGACAAACAAAACCAUCUCCUGCAAAUGGGGGUCAUGUUGACAACUGCAACCCUGGUGGUUAGUGCUUUUGUUGUCGUGGCUGGGAUCUUUGGCAUGAACAUCCAUAUUGAAUUGUUUGACGAGGACAAGGCUGGGAUGCCACAAUUUCUAUGGACGGUAGGCGGUGGCACUACUGGUACCAUAUUCCUGUAUGUGAUUGCAAUGAUCUGGUACAAGCAGAGACGCUUGAUAGAGUGACCGUGGAGUGCAUAAAACUGCCUUUUUCUGAAAGCUGUAUGUUAUGUUGUAUAUGCAAAAAGUGCUCACUUACACACUUCUGUAGCUUAUGUCAUGCUGAUUGUAAAAUAUUAUGCCUUGACAUAAGAGCUAUGCAAUGCUCAGACGCUCAGGCGAUAAAUCUGGUUUAUAAAUUCUUUGUGCCUGCCAAGAGAUUGGUAAUAUUAAUAGCUUGAGAUCUUGUCCCUCGUGUA